UGCCAGACUUGGUUUUAUGCUCGAGAGUCGAAAUGGAUAAAUCCACUGGUUAAACAUUCUACCAUUCAUACUGGGAAAGACUUUCUGCUAAAAGGAACCUGUUUAACUGUCACUGGGAUGGAAGGCAAAAUGUCCAAUUGUGACCCUGAUGCACAUGUAGGACCUCCCUUGAAGAAGGCGAGGUAUCAGUGGCAGGUCAAAGGACAGAAGAGGCUGAAAGAAAAUGAUGCACAGCUAAAGUCCUCACAGGAAAAUGAUGCACAGCUAAAGUCAUCACAGGAGAAUGAUGCACAGCUAAAGUCAUCACAGGAGAAUGAUGCACAGCUAAAUUCAUCACCUGAAAAUGAUGCAGCAAACUCCUGUGAUAGCACAGAUGGUUUUAGAGGUUUUCCAGCACAAACUGUUUCAGCAUGCCCAUCGGAUGUGGCAGGUCAAGAAGGCCUAAAUGAAAAUAAUAUGCAGGCAGAGUCUUUUAUGAAGCAAGCUGUGACACAUGGUACAAAAGAUUGUGAAGAGGAUCUUUCCACCAUUUCUAUAAGAAGUAACGAGGUAACACAUGGAUGCUCUGUUGUUGGUUACAAUCUUUCAGGUUGCUCAGUAGACAUCUCAGCAACACGGCUCAUCUCAAAAUCACAAGGAAUAAGUCAAGAAAUGGUGCAGGAUGGUCACAAACAAACUGUGAUCACUUCUACCGAGUCCCACAUGAUUGUUCCGUUAAAUAAAACCAAAGACAAUUCUUGUUCAUCUGUAAUCACAGGGUGCAGUUCUUCUAGUUGCUUACAUAUGGAACAGUCCUGUGAGGGAAAAACAACUAAACCUGUGUCAUCCAAAAUAGAGACAUUUUCUGGUAAUUCAGUUCUAAAAACAGGAGAUGUCUCGAGUUGUGGCAGUCUUGGUAAUAGUUGUUAUGAAAUUCUUGAACCAGGAACUUCUACAGGCAGUAUUUCAGUGGAAGCACACAGAAAUGUGAAUAGUCCAUGUGACAAAGCUCAAGACAUUUUAGCAUUAGAGUCUUCCAAUACAAACUUCAUGGACUUAAUUCAAACAAAGGUGGAUAUUCAGGCUAGAAAACUGAAUCUGUUGAACAUGGUACACACCAACAGCAGACAGGAGAACCUAUCAGAAGAUAACACAGCCACCAUUCCCAUGAAAACCCAUCGUGCAAGUCCUCAUCUGUCACCCGUCACCACGAGUGAUGUCUUGUCAACCAACAAUUCUACAGCAAAUUCUACUGAUCAUGUAACAGCCAGUGAGCUGCCAGAUAGUGCUGGGCAGGAUUCUCCAGAGUCAAAUUUAGAUGUUUUAAAUCCUCAGGAGGAGGAGGAAACGUUUCUGUCUCGAUGGCAGAGUCAGCACACAGCCAAAGCGAUCGUUGACAACGCCAUUAACAAGACCCUGGAAGAGAUGGGUCUGACACCAGAUGUCAGCACCAGUGCUUGGAACAGAUUGUUCUUGGAGGAUGAGGGAAUAAGUGAAGCGAUACGGUUUCGUGGCUUGUGGCUUCGAGAAAACAGCCUUCUGUCAGGGAGGAUACAUCCACUUAUAUCUCAGAUUACUGGAGCCUCGGAACAAGUGUUUGAGCAGACCCUGGACAAUGCUGCUACCCAGUUAUUGAGACCAGUCGUAAGGGAAACUGCUGAGAGGAACUCGAGUCCUGAUGAAGGUCAUCACACACAGGCGGUGGAUUCAGACUCAUUGCCUCAAAUUGUGCAUUCAAGCUUGGUCUCUCAAAAACGGAAUUUAGACACAACUUCUGAGGUUGUUAAGUUAGAACCAUCUCCAGCAAACCCUGAAGAACUGGAUCUGAUAGACAGCAGUGAUGUGUGUGAACAGACUGCUUGUGGUAGUGAUAGUGAUGGUCAUGUGGAGGACAUCUGUUCAGAUGACCCUUCAGAACCUGCUACAUCUGCCGCUGAUGAUGUUUUACAGUUUGCUCUCAAUGCAGCUAUAACAUCAAAGGGUUUAUCAAUCAGAAGUGAUCAGUCCUUAUGAUGACAAUAAUCUAUUUUAGCUAAAUGCGGUAGAUCAGUAUUUAAUGUUUGUCAUUGCAAAUGAACUUAAUUUAGGAAAAUCAUAAUUUUACUGUAAAUGUAUAAAAAUGUUUCUUAUAGAAUUUUGUUAACAAAGAAAUUCUUUGAAAAUGUUUUAGUACAUUUUGAACUAAAAUGUGAGAUUAUGAUAUAAGAAUCUAGAGUGAGGAGUUUUCAUUGAUUUGUUUAUUUAAGUUGCAUGUUAAAUUGUUGGUACUGGUAGGUGAUAGAGUAUAAUAUUGGUGUUUAUUUUCCCCCAAAAUUAAGAUGUUUGGCCAAAUCUAUCAGACUGGGGACAACGGGUAGAAAUAGGUCAGCGGUCAAGUUGUCAACAGACAAAAUGUCAAUAUGUCAAUGGACAAAAUGUCUACCAUUAAUGUGGUAUAUGGGUCAAAAUGUCAACCUGUGUGUGUGUGUGUAUAGGCAUGGGAAAUACUUCUUAAAUUGGAAAUUGUUACAGGAUUGAAAGAAUCUCAAAAGCUGAAAAUUAAAGGAAUGUUUGCGCAAGGCUUUUGGACUGGUAUGCAUAUUCAACUAUAAUAAUAUAAUGCACAUUAUUGCUUAAUAUCAACAAGUAUAUUAUUAUAUUUAAUUAAUAAAACGGUUAAAUGUGAUGGCUAUUUUAUAAAACGGGCGCAGCCAUUUUGUACCAUCCCAGUGAAUACACACUGGCGAGCCGGUGGGCACGUCAGGAAUUGGUCUUAGAACUGAAGGAACAAACGUACCUGAUUUUUGUGCAAUGUUCUGUAAUCAUAUCCACCCCAGUAAGCCAGCAAUAAGUAUAUAUUAUUUUACAAUACAAAAUAAAACACUUGUCAAAGUGUCGAAAUAACUGUCUUAUGUUUUGUCCAUGCGAUAACCGAAUGAUUGAAAUGAUAAACGGAGUGGGUUUUUUAGUUAAUUGGUCUAUACCAGUACUUUCAGUGGCCUCCACCUGUGAUUACUGAUUGGCAAGUGUAAAUUUUAAGGUAGACAAGCCAUUAAUUACCGCUGUCCAGACACAAAAUUACGUAGGCCCCUACAGGCGGUAUGUUUUUAAAAUUACAGGGUAUUUGGGUAUACCUGCCACCCCUAAAAUGAUAAUGGACAUUAUCAGCCGUCAUGCUUCAUUUCUCUAAAUCAUUCUGUAAAACUCUUAAUUAAGUAGACCUUCCCAUCUAAAAUCACAGAAUUGACCAAUUACGUAAUCCUAAAGAAAAGAACAUUAUUACUUGGGUAUCGUUGGUGGUCAUUUUUGCUCCAACGUAGCCUACCAAUAGGCCUAAUAGUAUACAUUUUUUCUUUAAUUUUUUUUAAUACUAUAACCCCAUUUCAUUCUGUUAAUGUAAAUUGAAAUAUAUUUAGUUAAAUAGUUUA